CCCAAAAGGUCCAUCAUCUGACGGACCCUCAGCUGGCCCUCCACUAGUUUUUGACAACAACGUCUCUGUCGACAAUGUUCACAUCGUGACUAUUGGCCCCAAAACUCACAUAACUCUCUAUUAGUCCGUUGCCGUUGUAUUCUUUGAAGUUUUACAUCAUGGAGCCGUCUGCGCCCAAAAGCAAGCUGAAAAAGCUGAGUGAGGACAGUCUUACCAAACAACCAGAGGAAGUGUUUGACGUUCUAGAGAAACUCGGUGAAGGUUCCUAUGGCAGUGUGUUCAAAGCCAUCCAUAAGGAGUCAGGCCAGGUGGUGGCCAUAAAACAGGUUCCCGUGGAGUCUGAUCUGCAGGAGAUCAUCAAGGAGAUUUCCAUCAUGCAGCAGUGUGACAGUCCUUAUGUAGUGAAGUACUAUGGCAGCUACUUCAAGAACACAGACUUGUGGAUUGUGAUGGAGUACUGUGGAGCCGGGUCUGUCUCUGACAUCAUCAGACUGCGCAACAAGACGCUGACAGAGGAUGAGAUUGCUACCAUCCUGAAGUCCACACUGAAGGGUCUUGAAUACCUCCACUUCAUGAGAAAGAUCCACCGGGACAUCAAGGCAGGAAACAUCCUUCUCAACACUGAGGGACAUGCCAAGCUGGCAGAUUUCGGAGUAGCUGGACAACUAACGGACACCAUGGCGAAGAGAAACACUGUGAUCGGUACUCCAUUCUGGAUGGCCCCAGAGGUGAUCCAGGAAAUCGGUUACAACUGUGUGGCUGACAUCUGGUCCCUGGGCAUUACCUCUAUAGAGAUGGCAGAAGGGAAACCUCCCUACGCUGACAUCCAUCCCAUGAGAGCUAUCUUCAUGAUCCCUACCAACCCUCCUCCAACAUUCAGAAAGCCCGAACUUUGGUCAGAUGAAUUCACAGACUUUGUCAAGAAGUGUCUGGUCAAGAAUCCAGAGCAGAGAGCGACUGCGACCCAGCUCCUACAGCACCCAUUCAUCAGCCAGGCCAAGCCGGUCACAAUUUUGAGAGACCUGAUAACUGAAGCCAUGGAGAUGAAAGCCAAAAGGCAACAGGAGCAGCAGAGAGAGCUAGAGGAGGAGGAUGACAACUCUGAGGAGGAGACUGAGGUGGACUCUCACACUAUGGUGAAGUCGGGCUCAGAGGGUGCAGGGACCAUGCGGGCCACCAGCACCAUGAGUGACGGAGCACAGACCAUGAUCGAACACAGCAGCACCAUGUUAGAGUCAGACCUGGGCACUAUGGUCAUCAACAGUGACGAUGAAGAGGAGGAGGAAGACCAGGGAUCCAUGAGGAGGCAUGCCACCCCCCAGCAGCCAAUACGUCCAUCCUUCAUGGACUAUUUUGACAAGCAGGACUCCAACAAGGCGGCCCAGCAGCAGGAGAACUACAACCACAACCAGCCCCAGGAGCAGCCCGGGUACCACAUCCAGUCCAAGAGCGUCUUCCCUGACAACUGGAAGGUUCCUCAGGAUGGAGACUUUGACUUUUUGAAGAACCUGGACUUUGAGGAGCUACAGAUGCGCCUGAGUGCCUUGGAUCCCAUGAUGGAGCGGGAGAUUGAGGAGCUCAGGCAGCGCUACACCGCCAAGAGGCAGCCCAUCCUGGAUGCAAUGGACGCAAAGAAGAGACGACAACAGAACUUCUAAGUGAUCCUCUCUGUCACUUCCAUGCCCUGGUCUGGGUUUCUCAAAGCCACAAUUACCACAAAACUUAUAUUCAAAAGACUCAGAGGAACUAGGAUGACCUUAUUGUCUUUGUUGGAAGCCGCCUGCUGUUCUGACUGACUACUAACUGGCCUCUGACUCAAGGGAGAUGCUCCUUUUCCUGGAUGACAUCCAUUUUGUCCCCCUGGAAUCCACACUUACAAGCCUUGUUUCUACAUUAUGUAUGUCUAGAUGCUGCUCCUUCAUUUUAAACCUUAAAUUUGUUUUCUGCUGUUCCCGUAGAGUUGCUCCUCCACAAAUGUCGCUCAAGUCCGCAGCAAAAGAGAGAACUGAGCGUUGGUGAUUAUAAAUCUGAAAGUCAGAAAAUAAUUCUCCCUAUCCUAAAUGAAAUUCCCCUUCAUGUCACAUAGAAACCCCCCUGGGAGUCCCCAUCGAAACAUAAGGAAGGACAUGUACCAUGACAAACAGGUCAACAUUUCACCUAUUUUCUGGCAGCAGCGGGGGUUAUAAGCAGUGUGGUCAAUGACAAGUGGUCUUUUUUCCUCAGACUUUUUACUUUCACUGUAAAUAUAAUAUAGAGCUUAGUUUGGAAAUACCUGCGACAAAAAGCUGUGGAGGUUUGUCCAUGACCAAAGACAAUCAAGGUAAUGUUGAUUCAGUUGAGAAUGCCUUAAAAAUAUUUGAAACCUGGUUUUCAAAGUAAGCAAUGUAAUAGAACAACCAAGCCUUCGGAUGGUUAAAUCCAUGGAGAUGAGUUGGACUGUGGAGAGCUGCAAAUGUUUGUCAGAAUGGACAGAAAUGACAGAAAUCAUUUGGAUGAUGAAGAGUGCAUUGUGCAUGUUUUCAACUGUUUGUGGACCAGAAAUUCUAAACUUAUUUCACUAGUCUUUAUCAUUUAAUUUUAUUGUUUUCAAAUGUGAUGUUCUGGACUUCUUUAUACAUCCAAUGUACUGUUUAUAUUGACAGAUACCAUGCAUCUUAGUGCCUCAUAAUACACCUGUCCCAGUUCUGCAUCUGUCUCAGAGCGCACACACUCACAAAUUCCUCCAUGAAUUUAAAAAACAGCGCCUUUAUUCGGCAAUUUGAUCCACUUUUUAAUGCAAGAGUUGUCACAAAAAUUCAUUCCCAAAUGGAAAAAAAAGAAACUUCUAUGCUUUCCAUACAAGUAAACACAUUCCUAAAUACUGUAUGACUUUUAUUUUAACUUCGCUGGGGUCUUUUAAAACCCUGUAUGACUUUCCGAAAAAUUUAAACCAGACGUCGAGCCAUAACAAUUCGGAGCUCAGCGAAAAAAGUAACCUGGCAUCAGCCACACAUCUACUGUCUGAGAUUCAGAUUUUAGAUCAUUAUUUUGUAUUGCAUUAAGAUCCCUUUUCAGCAAAUUUCUGGUAAGUGUGUGUGUGUGUUUGUUUUUUUGUUUUUUUUGUUUUUGUUUUUUCCAAACAAUUACGAGUGUUGCUCCUUUCCAUUUCCUGGCAUUACUAAUGAAAGAAUGAAGAUAAAUUGUUACUCAAAGCUCUGUGCUGUGUGUGUUCAGACACAAGCUCAUUUUUUAACCACUAAAAGCUAUUCAAACAAAAUAAUUUGGCACAGUGAUUGACUUUGUGGUGUGAAAUUGCUCCUUUCUGAAAAUGAAGGUCAGAGGUUAGUAAGGUGUUCAAAAUUUCAGCGCUGAAGGUAACUUAUGUCAGUAUAAGCAUAUGAAAUGACCAGUGAGUAAUAAGAAAUUGUCCAACAGAAAUGUUAACAAUGUCUUUGCAAUGGCUGAGAAACUGUUUAUCUUUUAUUACUGUUUCCUACCAGGGAGCACUGACAAAUUUUAUUAUUUAACUAACACAUCUGGCUUAGUAUGUAUCUUGGUCACAAUUCUUAAAAAUCCUUGACUUUGGUUAUUUAUCAAAAAUAGUUGUUUGAAAACUAAAAUUUGCUGUUAUCAAAUUUUUGCCAGCUCUCAAAUGCUGAUAUGAGUAUCGGCCUCAAAAGUCCAAUUUGGGGGCUGUACACAGUUUUGAAUGUUGAAUUGAAAACCUCUACUAACAAGCCAAUGACAACCUUGUUCUUUUCAUGAAAGAAACAAACGGCUCUGUUUUAGCUGUAAUUUAGUUUUGUGUUGAUGUUUGAUUUUGAUUUGUCACACGUGCUAAUAACGACCCUUUGAAUGAAUUCAGACGGUCCUCAUACUGAAUACACGUACGGUAUGAGUGCAGGUCGCCGUUACAUUUGAAUGUUAAUAUGCAGUCUUGAUACUGUAGUUCAGCCCAUACUUUCUGCAUAUUACGUGACAUUUUAGUAAUGCGGUAAUAGAUAGUAAUAAAUAGACCUGUUACAUUGUCCCACUGUGUUUCUCAUCUGAUGGACAAUUAGGCCAAAUUGAGCCGACAUUUCAAACACAUGAAUCUAAAUUUCAUUCCGCACUGUCUCGGCUUCUGAAUGAUCACAUUUGCGUGUUUUUGCUUAAUUUUUCUGCAUGAAGAUGAACCCGUUCUCUCACAGAAAUCAUCAGCAAUCUUGCCAUGAGUUGUUUUCAUAAAUGAAGUCUGCAGUGCAUUGGCAACUUACACACAAGCAUUCACACUCUAUUUCUUAAAUGUUUAAAUUUCUUUCUUUCUUUUUGUGACACUGGUUUAAAAAUAGAAUCUGAUUUGGCUCUUAAUACUUUUACCCUUUGUCCACUAUAUUUGGCUUGAUUUCUGUGUGUGUUAGACUCUGCAUGUUUAUAAUUAUGUUUGCUCUGUAGUGGAAUGCUCUUAUUAUAACUGCACAGGUAAGAGUAUUGUUAAUAUGGAAAAUGGAUUAUUUUCAGCUUUUAGUUAACGCUAUUUGCUCUCUUCAAUUAAAAAGCCCAGUUUGAAAUAUGACAUUGUUCCGAAUUGGCCAUAUCAUUAUAUACAGUUAUCCGAAAUCACUUUUUGAUAUAUAGCUAUAUGAUUUUGUCUUCAUUUAUUUCUGCUCUAUAAUGACUUGAGGGUGUAGGGUGGAAUGUAAGCAUUUAUGUUUGAACCUCUUAAUUUAUUAUCUUUAUUUGUAUUACUUUAUAAAGUUUUGAAAAGGUGCAAGAAAUAAUAAAAGUUACUUCU